GUUUGAACUUUUGGCGACAAAUAAGUCUAAAUUUUUUUUUUGCUAUGGAUUUUUAUAGCCUAGUAGAUAAAUUUAUUGCUUCAUUAACGGAUACCACAAAAUGCUUUAGGGAGCUGCUCGAUGGAACCCCCAUAGAUUACAGGGUUAAGAUCGAAGAAAUGCAUAGAAGUAGCAUGCAAAAGCGUGUGGAAUACGCAGAAGCCUUAAUCGAGAUGAAGAUCCAGCACCGGGAAGUGAGUAAGUGCUUGGAGGAGUGUUAUAAGAACUGCACCUCCUUUAAAGGAUUCAAGAUCGACUUUGAAAAGCGCAAAGCUGCAUUGUUGAAACAAAAGACAAAUGUAAAGGAACUGGCAGAGUUCAAGCAAGUGAAGAAAGCCAUCGAGGAGGCGGCCAAACUCUAUAUCCCGCCAACGAAUGGGGAUGGCAAAAACUACGCCGAAUUUGUAUACUCCAUAUUCGACCCGUGGACGAUGGAGGUGAUGCUUAAUCCCGUCCGCAAUAAGAAAUGUGGUCAUGUCUACCAGCGCGAAUCUGUCAUGAGAAUCCUUGGUGAUAGCGUUAGCACCCGCUGCCCGAUUGAGGGUUGCACAAACAAGAGCUUUUUGCACCCGGACAUUCUGAUCAAGGAUGAGGAUUUUCGUCAGAAGGUGCUCCGCGAGUUGGAAAUGGAUGAUGAAAUGAUUGAGUUAGUGGAAGUUGAUGAAGAGGAUAGUGAGUGACGGAGAAUGCUAGUUUUGUAAAGGCCAACAAAACAGCAUAUUUUUU